AUGGCCGGGAUGCAUCGCUACAUGCCCAACCCGGGCUACCUCGAAACCCGGCAGGCGGUGGCCGGUACAUUGGCCGAAGAGAGCGGCCUGCCCUUCGAGGGUGGCGAUAUCGUGAUGACCUGCGGAGCCGCCGCCGCCGCCAACGUGGUGCUCAAGACCAUUCUUAACCCAGGCGACGAGGUCAUCAUUCUCGCGCCGUACUUCUUUGAGUACCUUUUUUACAUCGACAACCACGGCGGCGUGGCAAUCGUGGCCAACACCACCGAUCGUUUCCGGCUCGACCUUUCGGCCAUCGAACAGGCCAUCACGCCCCGCACACGGGCCAUCGUCGUGAACUCGCCCAACAACCCCUCGGGCGUGGUCUACUCCGCCGACGAAAUUGUCGGCCUGUCUGAUCUGCUGAACCGCAAGCAAGCGGAGCACGGGACUGAGAUAUUCCUGAUCAGCGAUGAACCGUACAAGCGCAUCAUCUUCGACGGUAUGGAGUUUCCACAGCUUCUGCCGUCUUACGACAACUCCAUCAUCGUGACCUCCCACGCCAAGGACCUUGCACUGCCGGGUGAGCGCAUCGGCUUCAUCGCCAUCAAUCCCAACUACCCCGAGAAAGAGGAGCUCGCCGGCGGCUUCAGCUUCUGCAACCGCACCCUCGGCUUCGUCAACGCGCCGGCGCUGAUGCAGCACGUCGUUCGCAACCUGCAGGGCGUCAGCGUCGACCCGGACUACUACCAGCGCAAGCGGGACUUUAUGUACACCGCCCUCAUGGAAAUGGGCUACGACACGGUCAAGCCCGAGGGUGCCUUCUACCUGUACCCCAAGGCACCGAUCGAGGACGACGUUGCCUUUACCAAGGACUUGCUUCAGUCGAACGUGCUCGUCGUGCCUGGCCGUGGCUUCGGAACGCCCGGUUACUUCCGCAUCUCCUACUGCGUAGAGGACUGGGUGCUGGAAGGCGCCGUUGAGGGGCUGGCAAAGGCCGUCGCCGCCUAG